AUUUGUGAUGACGUGUACGUCAACUUUGACCCGGUUAAGCGCAGCAUCAUGGCGGAGAAAAGAAAUUCGUCUGGAUGGCCUCUGCUGAUUAUGUUGAUUUCUGUUGUUUUCGUGCAUUUGUUAAUAUGUCCUUUUACAAAGGUGGAGGAGAGCUUCAACUUGCAAGCGAUGCACGACAUUCUUUAUCACAGACUUGAUUUAGAAAAGUAUGAUCACCACGAAUUCCCCGGCGUGGUCCCCCGAACAUUUAUUGGACCUCUGUUCAUUUCAGCGAUUUGCUCUCCGGUGGUGUAUGUGCUGUCAUGGCUGGAUGUGUCGAAGUUUUACACGCAAAUACUUGUGCGUGGGUGCCUGGGCCUGUGCGUGACCUAUGCGCUGUGGAGCCUGCAGCGGGAGGUGCGGAAGCAGUUCGGCUCGACGGUCGCCACGCUCUUCUGCCUCAUCAGCGCCUCGCAGUUCCACCUCAUGUUCUACAGCUCGAGGCCUCUGCCCAACGUGUUUGCCCUCCCCAUCGUUCUGCUGGCCUUCACUUCCUGGAUGCAGCAGAGCCACGGCCGGUUCAUUUCCCUGUCGGCCCUGGUCAUCAUCGUGUUCCGCUCCGAGCUGGCCCUGCUCCAGGGGCCCAUGCUGAUGAUGUCACUGCUCACCCGGCGCUUGGGCGUGCUGCGGCUGCUCUGCGUCGCUGUGCCAGCCGGCCUCGGCUUUCUAGCCCUUACAGUGUGUGUGGACUCGGUGUUCUGGCAGCGGCUUCUCUGGCCUGAGGGUCAGGUGCUCUGGUACAACACCAUCCUGAACAAAAGCUCCGACUGGGGAAUAUCCUUUAUGUAAACUUCCCCCUUCCUGUGGUACUGGUACUCGGCCGUGCCGCGGGCUCUGGGCGCCUCGCUGCUGUUCGUCCCCCUGGGCCUGCUGGACGCACGGGCGCGGGCGCUGCUGGCCCCCGCCGCGGGCUUCGUCCUGCUCUACUCCCUCCUGCCGCACAAGGAGCUGCGCUUCGUCCUCUACGCCUUCCCCGUCUUCAACGCCGUGGCCGCCCGGGGCUGCUCCUUCAUCCUGAACAACUACCACAAGUCUUGGAUGUAUAAGCUGGGCUCCUUCGUUGUGAUUGGCCAGCUGGUGAUGAACGCCGCCUACUCCGGCGUGUCCCUGUACGUCUCCCACCACAAUUACCCCGGCGGGAGGGCGAUGGUGGAGCUGCACGCGCGGGUCCCCGCCACGGCCGAUGUCUCUGUUCAUAUCGACGUGGCUGCUGCCCAGACGGGCGUUUCGCGCUUCUUGGAGCUGAAUGGGAGCUGGAGAUAUGACAAGAGAGAAGACCUGGUGCCUGGGGACCUGAGGAACUACACCCACAUCCUGAUGGAGUCGGACCCUACCCGCGUAGCCCUGCUCAAAGACUCGCAUCGACCUCUGACCUUCAUCCAAGGGUUCAGCAACCUGGAGGUCCGCCCGCUGCACUUCCCCCCGCUCCGGCUCAGGAUGAGUGACAGGCUGGUGCUGCUCGAGCCUCGGAGGGCCCCCCCCAGUGAACAGGACUAAUGGGGGGGGGGGCAGGGUUUAUGUAAAUGAGGCUCCAACCCGGUCGGUGAUUGGAUGUGGGCUCUGGGUGCACGCUGAGUCAUGUGAGCCAGGUGUUCUCACUGACAGGCUGUGCUGGUGGUGGUAGUUGUGUAAUAUAUAUCAGUUUACUUUAUAGACCAAAGAUAUGAAGAUGUAAAGAUAUUUACAGUCAGUUGCGGAAUUACGAUCUUUUCCAAUGUUCAACUUUGAGACAAAAAACAAAAACAAAACAAAACGGACAUUUAAAAAAAAAAAAACUGUGGACCAACGUUUUUUUUCCCAAAAUGACUUCAAUUCAGUUUAGACUGAAUUCAGACAAUUCAGACUGCACCUGAGCCAUCCUCCACACUUUAUACUACGUGCUGAAUACAGAUUAUGUGCUGUCUUAACCCUUCCCACAACAAAUAAACCUGAAACUUUUCGAACAC